GCGGCGGCGGUGGCGGCGCGCCCUGUGUAUGGCCGUGGCGCCGAGCAUGGGCCCGGAGCGCGUGUGUCCCCGGGAGCCCGGGCUGCCCGAGGGCCCGGACGGCGCGGCGGGCUGGAGCGGCGACGAGGAGGAGGAGGAGGAGGAGGAGGAGGAAGGCGGCGGCGGGUACUUGUACCAGCCGCUGAGCCAGGAACCGGAGCAGGGCCCCGGUGAGACGGGCCCCGGCCUGCAGGAGCGGCUGCAGAUGCUGAGGCUGCACCUGCCCGACCCACCGACGGACAGCGAGGAGGAGGAGGAGGCGGAAGGCGCCGCGGCUCAGAGCAGCCGCAGCUCCAUCCCCAUGGAUGCAGAGCAUGUGGAACUGGUGAAGAGGACGAUGGCCAGCGUGAAGCUGCCUACCCUGGGCAUCCCCGCCUGGGCCAGCCAGAUCUCGGAGGAGCAGUGGAAGGACGUGGUGCAGCGCACACUGCAGGCCCGGCAGAGCCUCGGCGGUCCCCGGCCCGAGUGGAAGUGAGAGCUGAGCUGCAGCACCCCAGCCCUUCCUCCACCCUGCAGGCUCCCGCUGCCUCCAAGCCAGGUGCUGACAGGACUUGCCAGUAUCGACCUUCCUGUUUCUUCCACUGACAUUGUCUGAUUUACCUCUCCACUCCUCUUUCCUGGUUCUGGCUGGUGCAUAAGUCAAUGUGAUGUCCUUGGGUUGGCUUCCUCAGCCUCUGAGGAGCCCGACUGGUUUCUAUACCUGAGUGCAUGUGGGGCGAGGGGACUUAGCUGGCUUUGUCCAGAUUCCCUCAGGACAAACACUGGAUUUGUCCCCGUCCUGACAGUACCUGAGAAGUCCCUCUCCAGGCUUGGGCCCCUCCUCCCAGGACAGGGGCUGUGUUGGAAUAUCAGAGGCAGAGCCAGAUGUGUCAUUCCAAGAGAUUGGUUUUAUUUAGUUCUGUACAUACAGGGACAUCUGUACAAAAUCCAACACUUUCAUACUAUGUAAUGCUCUACUGAAAAUAAAGUACACCAUAUGUACAUAUGAACUGUAA